CACAAAGUGGAAACUUUUUUCUCUGUCCAUUUCACCAAGUCCUGAAAAAUCGGAAUGGAAUUAGAGAAAACCUACGCGACUCCCAGGACUGGCCGAACAGGACAUGGAGGAGUGAAUCAGUUAGGGGGUGUUUUUGUGAAUGGUCGCCCCCUUCCAGAUGUUGUUCGCCAAAGGAUCGUGGAACUUGCCCACCAAGGUGUCAGACCUUGUGACAUCUCCAGGCAGCUGCGGGUCAGCCAUGGUUGUGUCAGCAAAAUACUCGGCAGAUAUUAUGAAACUGGUAGUAUUAAGCCUGGAGUGAUUGGAGGAUCAAAACCAAAGGUUGCCACACCCAAAGUCGUUGAAAAAAUUGCAGAGUACAAACGCCAAAAUCCUACCAUGUUCGCGUGGGAGAUCAGGGACAGACUUCUGGCUGAGCGCGUAUGCGACAAUGACACCGUGCCCAGCGUCAGCUCAAUUAACAGGAUUAUACGGACGAAGGUACAGCAGCCUCCCAAUCAGCAAGUCCCUGCCUCCAGUCACAGCAUAGCCUCCACGGGGUCUGUGACCCAGGUGUCCUCAGUGAGCACUGACUCUGCAGGCUCUUCCUACUCCAUUAGUGGGAUUCUGGGAAUUACAUCCCCUGGCACAGAGAGCAACAAACGCAAGCGAGAUGAAGGUAUUCAGGAGUCUCCAGUUCCAAAUGGACAUUCUCUCCCAGGUAGAGAUUUUCUUCGGAAACAGAUGCGAGGAGACCUUUUCACUCAGCAGCAAUUAGAAGUGUUGGACCGAGUCUUUGAGAGGCAGCAUUAUUCUGACAUCUUCACAGCAGCUGAACCCAUCAAACCGGAGCAGGCAACUGAGUAUUCAGCCAUGGCAUCAUUAGCUGGUGGAUUAGAUGAUAUGAAGGCCAAUAUAACAAGCCCUACUUCUGCAGAUAUAGGAGCUAGUGUUCCAGGGCCUCAGUCAUACCCUAUUGUAACAGGUCGUGAAUUGGCAAGCACAACCCUCCCAGGAUACCCUCCUCAUGUCCCCCCUGCUGGACAGGGCAGCUACUCCGCUCCAACGCUGACGGGAAUGGUGCCUGGGAGUGAGUUUUCGGGGAGUCCAUACAGCCACCCUCAAUACUCAACAUACAAUGACUCCUGGAGAUUUCCCAAUCCUGGACUACUGGGCUCUCCUUAUUAUUACAGCGCUGCAGCCCGUGGAGCAGCCCCACCGGCAGCUACUGCUGCUUAUGACCGCCACUGA